AUGGCAUGGCCUUGCCUCCUUCCAGAUCAUUUUGAGUUUGGCGUUGUGACAUUGAUAGUUAUCUCCCCUCAGCUCUGCAUGUGCGGAUCUCUUAUAACUGGGCAAUUUGUCGCAAUAUCUAAGAGUUAUAAACCGUGGCCUAUUAAAACGAGGAAGUCGGCUCGGCCAGCACAAAAAUCUGUUGCUUUGAGUACUUCAAAAACUUAUAACAAGACUUGUGAAAAGCAGCCUACACAGAAACAACGGAAAAAUUGUUCAGUAAAAUCGUGCAAACCAGUUCAAAAGUUUUCGGAACCAUCUGCAACUUUCGGAGGAAGUUCUAUUUACAAAACAUCUUAUCCACCGUACGAUCCAGAGCUCGCACAGAAAAGUCGUUCUAAGGCUGUGAAACCAUCGGGAAACCUUUAUACACCAAUCCUUGGUGAAGGCGAUGUGGUAUAUUCAACAUUUAAGGAAGAUUUCAAGCCAUACCCUGCGAUUACACCACCAAAACCAAUAAUUCCAAGAGGAAGUAAUAUUAAAAUUGACGGUGUAUUUAAUGAUUGUACUAUUUAUACAGAAACUUACGUUCCAUAUAAAGUAGAACCUAUUGAAGUAGCAAAAGCCCCAAGAAGAACUAAGAGCCAAACAAACGUGCCGUUUAUUGCAAUCACCACUCAUAUGGCAGAUUAUGUGAACCAUGGAACAGUGGGAAGGGAUCCAUGCUUUCGUCCUUCUGAAAAUUCUUCGAUGAAAUCAGAUUCCAAGUUUCAAGGUGAAAGUACCCAUGCAGCUGCAUAUAAAGCUUGGCCAGUACAAGAACGUUUUAUUCCCACCUGGGGACGAGAAAAAGAAUACAAGAAGAUUCCUGGAAAGCUGAUGUCAAGUUCCACAUAUGCGGCGGACUUUCAAAAUCCGGGAGUACCUCAAAAAGCAAAAGCUUGUCGUCCACCAGUAAACAAGGAUGUAAUAAUGAGACAGAAUGGUCGUUCAAAUUACCCAAUGCAAUCAACGUAUGAUGCCAGUUUUCAAGCAUGGGAAGGCGCUAGACCAGCUGAAAUAUGUAGAAAACAAGAUAAUGUCUAUCGUUCUCCUACAGAUAAAAUGAACACAUCAUCUACCCAUCAAUCUCAUUAUAAAGGUGAACAAACUAAAAGAGAACCAUUAUGUCGUCGAACAUCACAACACAGGGAACUGGAUUCAGAACGCAAGAAAGCUACAUUUAAUACAACCUAUAGGGAAGCCUUUAGGGGCCAUCACUAUAUAUGA